GUCAUGAGAUGGCUGAGAUCGAUCCGAAACUCGCGCGAGCGUUGAAAGAGCCGCGCGAGGGCCUGGAGGUCACACGUAGGUCAUCAUUUCACAGUCUACGUUGAACGUUCGUGCUUGACUGCCACGGAUUAUCACUAGGUAACUAACCUCAAAAUAAACACCAUGCCCAUCAAGAGCAUCAAGGCCAGACAAAUCUACGACUCCCGUGGUAAUCCCACGGUUGAGGUCGAUCUCGUGACCGAAAAUGGAUUGUUCCGCGCUGCUGUGCCAUCUGGCGCAUCCACUGGAGUUCACGAGGCUUUGGAGCUUCGUGACAAUGACAAAUCCAAAUACCAUGGAAAGUCCGUCUUCAAGGCUGUUGAUAACAUCAAUAACAUCAUUGUUCCUGAACUCUUGAAGUCUGGUUUGGAGGCUACCCAACAGACAGACAUUGACAAUCUUCUCUUGAAGAUCGAUGGUACGCCAAACAAAUCGAAGCUCGGAGCUAACGCGAUUCUGGGAGUAUCUCUCGCCGUAUGCAAAGCCGGUGCUGCCAAAAAAGGAAUUCCUCUCUACAAAUACAUCGCCGAAUUGGCUGGAAAUCCGAACAUCGUGCUCCCCGUGCCAGCUUUCAACGUGAUCAACGGUGGCUCUCACGCCGGCAACAAACUCGCCAUGCAGGAGUUCAUGAUUUUGCCUUUGGGUGCAGCCAACUUCACCGAAGCCAUGAAAAUGGGCAGUGAAGUAUAUCACUACUUGAAGGCUGGUAUCAAGAAGAAGUUCGGCCUUGACGCCACCGCGGUCGGUGACGAAGGUGGCUUCGCUCCUAACAUUCUUGAGAACAAGGAAGCCCUUAAUCUCAUCAUAGAUGCCAUCAAGACCGCUGGAUACGAGGGAAAAAUAAAGAUCGGUAUGGACGUAGCAGCGUCUGAAUUCCACAAAAACGGCAAGUACGAUCUCGACUUCAAGAACGAGAAGUCCGAUCCUGCUACGUAUUUGGAGCCUGACGCGCUCAAGAAUCUUUAUCUCGAGUGGGUUAAGGAUUAUCCUAUUGUUUCCAUCGAGGAUCCGUUCGACCAAGAUGGCUGGGACUCGUGGACCUCGUUGACCGCGUCUACGCCAAUUCAGAUCGUCGGAGAUGAUCUUACUGUAACCAAUCCUGUGAGGAUCCAAACUGCGAUUGAAAAGAAGGCGUGCAACUGUCUUCUUCUGAAGGUGAACCAAAUCGGAAGCGUAACCGAGUCGAUAAACGCUCACAAGUUGGCGAAGAGCAACGGUUGGGGCACGAUGGUGUCUCAUAGAUCGGGUGAAACCGAGGACACGUUCAUCGCCGAUCUCGUGGUCGGUUUGUCGACCGGACAGAUAAAAACAGGAGCUCCUUGUCGUUCGGAACGUUUGGCCAAAUACAACCAAAUUCUUCGUAUCGAGGAGGAACUUGGCGCAGCGGCAAAAUACGCCGGUGAAAAAUUCCGUAACCCAACCGCCUAAAAAGGGCGUUUGUUUUCCUGUGGGGGGUCAGUACGGUCGAAAAAUAACUGCACGGUUAUAAGACCACCAGAAAAGUGAACAGAAUAAAUAAAAGCAUGAUAAUAACGAAACAUAGUUAACGGCGACGCGUUCGAAGUUGUAACGAGCAAGCCACAUUCACACCCUGUUUAAAGUUGACACCGAGAAAUCGUGGAAGAGAAAAAGGUCUCGGUCGUUUCUGUCCCGAGCGCUGUUGUACGGACAAUUUUGACGUUUCUCGCGCACAUUUUUACUUUCCCUCCUCGAGCCACACAUAGAAGCUCAGCGACUUUCCUUAUGCCCUGCAAAUAUCGUACAAAAGAUCCAGAUUAACUUCACGGGUCGACAACUCCCGCGAUAACAAAAAAGCGAGCGAAGCGUGAGUUGUUUUUUCUUUUCUUUCCAGAGUAGUUGAAACGAAUAUUAAUAUGAUAUUGUUGAUGCAUCGUCGAAGAUUAAUGGAACAAUAAAAGAACGUACCUCAAAAGUA